GUACAACAACCGGAAAUAUGUAAACCCCAAAACACGUUGGGCUUCCUUUUUCUGUCCCACUCCAUUGGCAUCGCACGCUACUGGUGAUCGCCGUAACUCAGAUCAUUGCUAAGAUGUCCGGAGGACUAGAUGUACUCGCCCUCGGCGAAGAAGAUAUUACAAAGUUUUUGGCUUGUAACACCCAUCUAGGAGCCACUAAUGUUGACUAUCAGAUGGAACAGUAUGUUUUCAAGAGGAAGCCUGAUGGUGUUUACAUUCUGAACCUAAGGAAAACAUGGGAGAAACUGUUGUUGGCUGCCCGUGCCAUUGCAGCCAUUGAAAACCCAGCAGAUGUGUGUGUCAUUUCGGCUAGGCCAUAUGGUCAGCGUGCCGUCCUGAAGUUUGCAUCUGCCACUGGGGCCACACCUAUUGCUGGUCGCUUCACACCAGGAACCUUCACCAAUCAGAUUCAGGCUGCUUUCCGUGAGCCUCGUCUGUUGGUUGUGACGGACCCCCGUACUGACCAUCAGCCCGUCACCGAGGCCUCCUACGUCAACAUCCCCGUCAUUGCUCUCUGCAAUACCGACUCCCCACUCAGAUAUGUGGACAUUGCCAUUCCCUGCAAUAACAAGGGCUUACACUCUGUUGGUCUGAUGUGGUGGCUGCUGGCUCGUGAGGUUCUGCGCCUGCGUGGAACCAUCAGUCGUGACCAUCCUUGGGAUGUAAUGGUGGAUCUCUACUUCUACAGAGACCCAGAGGAGGCUGAAAAGGAGGAACAAGGAGCUAUUGAAAAAGCACCUGUCAAGGAUGAGAGUCAGGAUCAAUGGGCCCCAACUGACAUCCCCACACAGCCACUGCAAACCCAGGAGGUCACAGACUGGGCCUCCGAGGCCAUGCCUGUAGCCCAGACUCAGCCCUUCAUGCCUUCAGGCACCACCAAGGACUGGUCAGCCACCACUGAUGAUUGGUCAGCAGCUGCCUCUGGCCCCGCCCCCACUCCUGGUGCUCCAGAAUGGGGUGGCACCGCCGCUGAGAACUGGAACUAGAUUGUGAAACCAUUGGACAUUCAAUAUCACUGAGAACGUUCCAUCUGUGAAAAUAAAAAUUUUAAAAAAUUA